AUGUCGCUGGUUGCGAUCGCAACGAGCUCUUUUACCGCAGCUGCAUCUUCGCCGUCGCCAUCUUCAUCGCCUUUACACAUGCUGUACUACCAUGAAGCGUCUGCAGCAGGACAGGACCCAGGCGGUGAUGGAAAUGUCUACAAGCGAUGGAGAGAACGGCCCCAGCGGCCGAUAAAGGUCUGGGCCUUUGACGUUUCGAAGCAGGUCUUUGGGUCGGUUUUGCUUCACAUGGCAAAUCUUCUCAUGUCUAUGUUCUCGGCCGGUCAGCUCGAAAUUAAGACGACAUACCGACCGAACCCUUGCUCGUUCUACUUGCUGAAUCUGGGAAUCGAUACUACUCUCGGAAUUCCAAUUCUUAUCAUCAUUCUACGCGUUCUUAACUUUCUCGCUUCCUACACUAUUCUUGCGAAUCCUCCCGAGUCGAUUGAAUCUGGAAACUAUGGCCAACCACCGCGCGCUACAUGGUGGCUCAAACAAUCCAUCAUCUACUUCAUGGGACUGUUCAGUAUGAAGUUCUGUGUCUUUUUCCUCAUUCAGCUGUUGCCUUUCAUCAUCAAGAUUGGCGACUGGGCUUUGCGAUGGACAGAAGGCAAUACUGCCCUGCAGAUCGCCUUUGUCAUGCUUCUGUUCCCACUGAUCAUGAACGCUAUCCAAUAUUAUAUCAUCGACGGCUUUAUCAAGAAGCCACUCUCUUAUGACCUUUACACCUCGGGAGACACCGAUGACGAUCCCGAUGAUAUUCACCGCCGAGAAGCGCUUCUGGCUGGCCUGGAUGAGGCUUACUCCUCUACGGACUCGGGUGACGAAGAAUCAGCGCCCGGGAAAGACAUAUCGUCGCAACCCAAAGAUGUUGCAAAUGCUCUUCAUGGGUCUGAAGAGCUACUCACUGAGGACCAUUCCCCGGUGCCACCCUAUGAACCUCCUUCCUCCGGCAGCAGCCGUAGCGAGCAAGGCGGGAAACGGAAUGCUGAAGCGUGA